GUUCGGGAACUGUGACCCAGUAACAGGCUGACCCGGGACCGCUGCCUGAUGGAGACCUGGGACAACCAGAACCACAGCUGAGGCUGGUUCCGACCCGAACGACCGGAACAGAAGAAGCAUGUCUGAGGCGGGAAGCUGCUGGGGGCCCUCGGGGGCCCCAGAACCUGCUGUAGACCGGUGAGAGCUGCAGAAACCAGCAGCCCGUCCGAACCCAGCCGAACCUUCAGGAUGCACAGAUCUGCUCCGAGACACCGUUAGAGACUCGCUGUUGCACCCACAAGGAUUUGUGUGUACGCGCGCGUGUGCGUGUGUUAGGAUGAGUCUGGUCUCGCGUUUCCCUCACCCCCCCAUCAUGCACCCCCAUGACUCCCACCGGUACUCCUUCCACCCUGCUGCCGGUACCGCUCGGUGCCACGAGGACCCCGGGGCUCCUCCAUACUUCACGAGCUGGCUCAUCGGUCACGCGGACGUGUCUCCCUCAGAGUACGAGCACGCGCCCGGGUUCAGCCCAGAGUACCACCCCCUCAGCGGCGGCGGGUCCUCCGGGGGUCUGGACCAGAUCCACCAUCACCACUUCGGCGCCGGAGGUCUGAUUCCGGGCCCCGGGACCCUCUCUGUGAACGGAACCACCGUGAGCGUGCACCAGCAGCACGCGCACCCUCGGACCUUGAAGCGGAGACCCACGGCGAACCGGAAGGAGCGGCGGCGGACCCAAAGCAUCAACUCGGCCUUCGCAGAACUCCGGGAGUGCAUCCCGAACGUCCCGGCAGACACCAAGCUGUCCAAGAUCAAGACCCUGAGGCUCGCCACCAGCUACAUCUCCUACCUGAUGGACAUCCUGGACAGGGACGGCCAGCACGGGGACACCCAGGCCUUCAGGGCCGAGCUGAAGCGGACCGAGGUCCGGGAGGAGCGCAGGAAGAGAGACGCGGUGGAGAUCUCUAACACGGCUUCAUCCUUGUCCUCCUCCUCAUCCUCGUCCUCCUCGUCAUCAGCAGGAGAUAAAAAGGGCAAAGGUCGAACAGGAUGGCCUCAGCAUGUCUGGGCUCUGGAACUCAAACAGUAG